GCACACCAGACCCUUCAACCAGUACUUGGAUAAAGUGGCAUCUCGCGUGGCAACGUGCCACUCAAAUAUGGCGCCACUCCCACUAGUGCUGUUUCUGUUUUUUUCCUCGUUGCAGCUGCGCCUCUUUCCGCACUCAGGUGCGGUAGCAAGGCAUCAUGGAGGCGUGUCUCUUCGAUCCCAGCUAGCGGCCCUCCUCCGGUGGAAGUCCACCCUGCGAGGCUCGCCGGCGCUCGAAUCAUGGCGGCAGGGAACUAGCCCGUGCAGCAGCAACUGGACAGGCGUCGCGUGUGGCGUCGCCGUCCGCCGCGGCCACCGUGCAUCCCCCGUGGCCGUGGCGGUGACCGAGAUUUCCCUGCGGGACGCCGGCAUCCAUGGCCGCCUCGGUGAGCUCAACUUCUCGGCGCUCCCCUUCCUCACAUACAUGGACAUCAGCCUGAACAGCCUUCACGGUGAGAUCCCACCGGCCAUCGCCUCUCUAAGCCGGCUGUCCUACCUCGAUCUGGUGGGCAACUUCCUCCAUGGACCCAUCCCCCGUGAGAUGGGCAGCAUGGGGCUUCUUGGCUACUUGGGGCUCGCUUUCAACAACCUCACGGGCCGCAUCCCUGCAUCCUUUGGGAACCUCACGACACUAGCCACUCUGAUUAUCGCAAAAAACAUGCUCGCUGGGGCGAUACCGGAGGAGCUUGGGAAGCUGGCCAGUCUAGAUUAUUUGGAGUUGGACAGUAACUUGUUGGACGGCCAAAUUCCUGAAAGCCUUGGCAACCUGACCAAAGUAAGAUUCAUGUACCUCUACGGAAACCGCCUAUCAGGGCCCAUACCAUCUUCACUAGGCAACCUUAGGAAACUGAGGGAUCUUGACCUCGGUCAGAACAGGUUGAGUAGUGGCAUUCCUGUCUUUCUGCCAAACCUUACUGACCUGAAUACACUUUAUCUAGCCGGGAAUGAGCUCACAGGUUUCCUUCCCCAAGAGAUUGGGUUGCUGGCCAAGUUGAACGCACUGUUGUUGUACACAAACCAGCUAACAGGAACGAUUCUUCCAAUCAUAGGGAACCUUACCGGGCUGAACCACAUUGACCUCUCGGACAACCAAUUUGUGGGUUCCAUACCGGGCGAGAUUGGCAGUCUGGUGGGUCUCCGGUUCAUGUCUUUAUCUCAAAACCAGAUCUCAGGCUCAGUUCCAGCAACUUUCGGGAACCUUACAGGCAUGACAAGGCUUGACCUCUUCAGUAACAUGUUGUCAGGUCCUUUGCCUCAAGAGUUUGCUUAUCUUACACACUUAGAGGUGCUCAGCAUUGCCAACAACUCCUUCUCCGGGGAAUUGCCCCCUGAUGUCUGCAAAGGGGGGAAUCUCCAAGUGUUUCAAGUCUCUGUGAAUAUGUUCACCGGUCCCAUCCCUGUAAGCCUGAAAACAUGCACAAGCCUCAUGGCUUUUUUCAUUUAUUCCAACCAGAUAACAGGAGAUAUAUCCAAUUUUGGGCCCUACCCUCAUCUUGUCGAAGUAGAUUUAUCACAAAAUAAACUCCGCGGGCAUUUGUCGAAAAGCUGGGGUUCAAGUAUCAAUCUAACCAGGCUGUCUGUGGCAGAAAAUAUGAUUACCGGAAGCCUGCCACCAGAAUUCUCAAAUCUAGCAAACUUGGAGGUACUUUUGCUCCACACAAACAAUCUUACAGGCGAAAUACCAGCGGAAUUUAGCAAUCUAGCAAAUCUCUACCAGCUCAACUUAUCACAUAACCAGUUGUCCGGAAAUAUACCGCCUGAGUUCGGUCGUAUGAGUGAACUGCAGUAUCUUGAUGUAUCUGGGAAUAAGUUGAACGGGUCGAUACCAAAAGAGAUUGGGAGUUGCACUAAUCUAGAAUCCUUGAUGGUUAACCAUAACAGGCUGAGUGGAGAUUUGCCAGCAUCCAUUGGUAAUCUAGGGAACCUGCAGAUUGUGUUGGAUGCCAGUAACAACAAACUCACAGGUGAGCUACCUGCACAGCUUGGGAACUUGGCGAUGUUGGAGCUCUUGAACCUCUCCCAUAAUCAAUUCAGUGGAAGCAUUCCGAAAUCCAUUGUUGGCAUGGUUAGUCUGUCAACACUUGAUGUGUCAUACAACAACUUGGAAGGGCCUCUACCAAUAGGACGACUAUUCAGCAUUGCCACAAUAGAAUGGUUCCUGCACAACAAAGGCUUGUGUGGCAAUAUCUCAGGCCUGCCAACAUGCUCUUCAACUUCAGAAAUGGAAUAUCACAAAGCAGGGAUUCACACAAUGGUGCUUGCAAUUUCUAUCCCCGUGUGUGUAGUUGCUAUUCUUGCAGUUUUUGCUGUUGCUAUGAUUGUCCACAAAAGGAGCAUACAGCAAAACACUAUAUGCACAGAUAGAAUAGAUGUUCUUUCAGUGUGGAAUUUUGAUGGAAAACUAGCAUUUGAAGAUAUUAAUGCGGCUACAGAAAACUUCAGUGAAAGAUAUAUAGUAGGCUCAGGGGGCUAUGGCACUGUCUACAAAGCUCAUCUUCAAGGAGGGAGAUUGGUUGCAGUGAAAAAACUUCAUCAGACAGAUGAACAAACGAUUGAUGAAAAGAGAUUCAUUGGCGAAAUUGAAGUGUUGACAAAGAUCCGUCAUCGAAGCAUUGUCAAGCUGUAUGGGUUUUGCUCCCAUCCUAGGUACAAAUUUUUAGUAUAUGAUUACAUUGAGAACGGAAACCUUCGUUCUAUCUUGCAAAAUGAGGAACUUGCAAAGGAGUUAGACUGGAAGAAGCGAGUUUCCACUGCUAGAGACGUGGCACAAGCUAUCUACUACUUGCACCAUGAAUGCAACCCGCCAAUCAUCCAUCGUGAUAUAACAAGUAACAACAUCUUGCUAGAUGCAGAUUUCAAGUCUUAUGUUUCAGAUUUUGGAAUAGCAAGGAUGCUAAAACCUGAUUCAUCCAAUUGGAGUGAACUAGCAGGGACAUAUGGUUAUAUAGCCCCCGAGCUCUCUUACACAUCAGUGGUGACAGCAAAAUGCGAUGUCUACAGCUUUGGUGUCCUUGUGCUGGAGAUUGUGAUGGGGAUGUACCCCUCGGAGAUACAAUCCCUUGCUUCCCGGGUACAGCAUCAUGAGCUUGUAAUGGAGGAUAUGUUGGACAAGCGCCCAUCAUCUCCAACAUCUGUAGAAGAGAGAGAAAUUGCUCUUCUUGUGGAAGUGGCAUUUGCUUGCCUGCAAACUUCUCCUCAGUUUAGGCCAGAGAUGAAGGAUGUCUAUCAGAAACUGGCUCUGCACAGGCCACCUUCUUCGUUUGCCUCACCUUCUCAUGCACAUAGACAAGAAGAAAUAAUAGAAGUGUAAGGUCAUCUGUGCUGUGUCAAGCAAUUCCUAGUGUUAAUACGUUAAUGCAGAGUGAUAAAAUCUCAACAACAAUGUGACAUUGUAACACCAUGGUACUAUAAGAAGCAUAGUCUGUUCUACAAUCUACACAAUGCCAAUUUCUCUAUACAAUACAGUUUCAAGUUACAGCAACAAUCAGGUAGCUGCCACUGUCAGGGCAGAACCGUUGUGUACAAUUCUGUUUCGCUAACAGGCAAGAUCACUCAUUCACUCUCUUCUUCGGCUUUUGUGACAGUGGUGAUGGCGAUGCUUCGAUUUCUUCAUGUCCCUUUCCUUCCUUUUAUCUCUUUUCUCUUUUUUCUCAGACUUCUUUUUCUUUUCCUUCUUGCUCUGUGGUUCAGAGCUCGAUCCCCUUCCAUCCAAUGUUUCCUUACACCAAUGAUCAUCAGGAGACUUGGAUCUCAAUACCAAAGGCUUCUUUGGGCCUUGUACUUGACGUUCCCAUUUUUCUUCCACACGUGCAUCAGGACUAGGUUCGUUGUCACGACAACGGGAUGAAGAAUCAUGGUAUGGACCAGGCUCAUCCAUCCUUGAACCAAUGGCCCUACGUCCUCGUUUCACCUUGGACAGUCAUUGAAGUGCUCAACAAAAUUUUAGAAAAAGAGGGGCCAGGGGGGCCUCGGCCGACCACCAUGGUCGGCCAGCCAUGCACCUCCUCCCCUCUAUAAAAUCCAGUGCAUAUGACCUCUUAUGGCUGCCCCAAACCGAGCUGCACCUGAGUGCCCUCGAGUUCUACCUCCAUCCUUCCAUUUUGCUCUAGCUCUUGCUUCAAGUUCAUAAGAAAAAGAAAAAAAUUAUAUCUGCAUUUUUCCCUCUCUUUCGUGUUCGUGUUUCUUUCCUUCCUCGCUGCAAGAACGUGUUUGUGGUGGUACUAAUACCCCGCAAGGACGAUUUUGUGGUGCGGACUCACCCACAAGAAUGAUUUUGUGGCGUGUUAUCACCCACAAGGACGAUUUUUGUGAGAGGCAACCAAGCCCCGCAAAGAGUACUAACUUCUCGGACGACUUACCUUUAUUUGCUAAUGCUAACGUAAUUGUUUUGAGUUGCUGUGUGUUCUUGUGCUCUCUUGUUUUCAGGUAUGAGGAAGUUCGGCAAGAAGGCCGUCGGUGCACUCAAGAAGGUAGGGAGUUCAAGUCGUUCUCGUUCACGAGCGAAUGUCCACGAAUGGGACACCCCUCCUUCAAGCCAUGACGAUGCACCGGAGACCCAUGAAGAGGAGGUGGAGUCCCAGGCGUCGGAAUGGCAAGCUCCUACAGCACCACAAGGACAGGUGCCCGACGAUUCCCACCUUGUCAUCCAAGGGAACCGCGAAAAUCAAACCUACAACAUGUUGAAAAACAGAGUCUUCAACCACACUCAUGGCUUCAACGACAAACUGCUCGAAAAGACAGGUAUGGAAGUUGACUUUGCUCGAGUUUGCAAAAAUGUGGGUUGGACUUCUUUUGCCGAUGUUUCCGAGUUGGGCUCCCGGGAUAUAAGUAUCCAAUUUCUCUGCACUCUUGUGGAGACGAAAGAGGGUGUCCUGUUGUGCUUCUUUCACCAAGAGUUUUCUUUAACUUGCAAAGAUUUCAGCACUCUGUUGGGUUUUCACCAACGCUGCACAGUUGAUGCUAAUCAAGCUUUGAUUGGGUUUCACAAAGAGAGUUUUCUUGAAUCCAUUACGAGAACUGAAUCCUCUGGGGGAGCACGCUGCAAUGAUAUUCGAAACUCGACCUUGCGUUUGAUGCAUAAAUGGGUUGCUAUUAUGUCUUUCCUAGGGAGGAUGUUUGGAUUGUUCGUGUAGAUGAACUUCGUGUUCUUUAUGCCAUGGUGAACAGAAUCAAGUUUUCUCCUGUUAAAUUUAUGGUUCGCCAGUAGCUUGAAAACUUUCGUUUGGUUGGACCCGUGGAAUGCACUUCGCUUAUCACAAGGAUUGCUCAAGGUUUGGGUGUGUUGAAUUGUGCAAAAUUUUCCUAUAUAGAGUCGCCCCGAUUUUUCAUUGACGAAAAUUAUUUGGUUUUUGGGCAUACUCUGAAACAUGCAAAGGAUGGGUCUCUUAUAUUUUCCUAUCCCGGCUAUACGAAUGAAAUCUGGUUACCUAACACGGACUAUCAUUUGUAUCUAACUUUUGAGCUGCGACCCGCGGAAGCCGCACGCAGGAGUAGCGUGUCUAGGAGGAUGACACGGAGCAUGUCGCGGAAUGCCGCAAUGAACAUGCCUCCGCCUCCUCCCCAUGCUUUUCAUGACUAUGCAGGUACUUGGGCUCAAACUACAGAUGUUGCUUUGUCCUCUUCUGGGUGUCAACCCAGCUGGGAUUAGUACAUCCCGCAGCCGAACAUGGGAGCAUCAUCUUGGCAGAGUGCAGGCAGCUCUGACUGGCAGUAGCACGGGAGGACGAACUGGAGCUAUGGUAUCUCGAGUUCGGGAGGAACUCCUCCACUCUUUGCUGCUCGGCGUUCUUAACAACCUUGAAUAAGCAACGCAAGAGAUCCAGACCACCCUCAACAUGCACAUCGACAACACCACGCAACAGCAUAAGAGCCAAGAUGCACAACUUGUCACUCUCAUCAACAUGGUGCAGAAAGAACAGGAAAAUAGGCUGUGUACAUGGUGUCAAUGGGAUACAUCCCAAAACCCCAUCAGUAAUCCAGCUUGGAGGAGGCGCCCCGGAAGGUAACAUGUAUCACGCAUUCAUUUCUUGCAUUUUUGCAUGUUUCCCUUUCUUGCAUUGCAUUUAAUUAUGCAUAUUAAAAAAAGAGUUUGCAUCAUCAUCUAUCACUAUAAAAAGACCAAAAACAUUUGCUUCCACUUUGCUUACUUUAUUUCCUUUCAUUUCCAUGAGCAGUAAGAAUGUUUUAGCCAUCCUGUUGAAAUGAUGAAUAAUUGCUCCAUGUUUAUUUCGUCCUUAUGCUUAGUUUACAACUUGUAUUAUCCAAGAACAGGAUUUGUUGGUUUAAAAAGUUUGCCAUGAACCUGAAAUUUUGUGGGUAGCACUAGCAUGAUCCAAUUCUAGGUUGUUGAGAAGUAUGAUAUGAUGAAUUAGAGCUGCUACAAACUUGUUCUAAGCAAAACUCUAUGUCCCAAACUUUUGUUUAAUAAAAUACUAAAAUAAAAAGUUCCUCAAUGGCAAGUAACACUUACAAAAGUCAUAUGCAUGUAGAUUAGAAUGAUCAAUCCUUUAAACAUGCUUCUUGUUGCUAUUUUGAGCUUUGUCAAAUUUUAUGACCAUUUUGAGUUGCUUUUCAUGCUCUCAUGAUCGAGAUCACGUACGCACAUUCAUAGUCCAUUUCCAUACCAUCCAUUCAUUUUUCGUCAAUGCUCCUAAAUAUGGGUCUUCUCUCUCAAACAUUUAUGAUAUGGCUAUGCUAAAAAAAGAGAGGAAAAAUGGCAUGCCAAAGAAGCAUGACCCAAAGUGAGGUAGAGAGGAAAGAUGGCAUGCCAAAAAGCAUGACCCACAGUGAGGUUGAGAGAAAAGAUGGCGUGCCAAAGAAGCACGACCCAAAAAUUGGAGUUAACAUCAUUUAUCUCCACAUUUUCCAUUUCACACACUUGUACUCUCGAUCAUGGUUGCAUGCAUUGUUUGCUAUUUUUGAUCCAAUCUUUCACUUUGCAAAAUAUCUGGUGCAAGUGUGUCUUCUCAAUUAAGGAACUUGUUUUUCUUUCAAAAAUCAUGAAAACUCGGGAUGUAAAGUUGAGUAAGGAAUGGGUGAGUGGUGCUUUAUAAAUCGUUCUAUUUCUCAACCGCCAAAGAAAAGGAGAUUGCCGAGGCCCCAUGGAGACUAAGGUAAAAUGGGUAAGCUAUUUUUUACCAACUUAUUCAAUUUGCGAUAAGAAUACCUUUUUUAGAUUUUGCAUAUUGAAGAAAUGAGAUGGUGCAACAAUUCCUGAUCAACAACUUAAAGUUUGGCUUUGCUUUGGGACGAGCAAAGUUCAGCUUGGGGGAUCUUGUUGACGCUCAUUACAGACCAAAUCUGAGUGUCAAUAAUGUCCAAAUAAAUAGUGAGCUUGCAUUUCUUACACUCAUGUUGCUAAUAAAUCACUGAAUUCCACUUGUCCUUGUAGCAAUUUGUGAGUGCAGAAUUUUGGCUGAAAAUAAAGGAAGAUCAUAUCCCUUGAUCCAAGGAGCAAACAUGCCAUCCAAUCACGCGUCGCCACGUAGACAUCACAUGGAUUGGAGGGCCCACCAGAGCACCAAACCGAUGUUACAGCAGGGAAGGCAUGUGGCAAUACAUAAGGGAACGUCCAGUAAAGAUCCACGCCAAAGGCGGUUACCAGGGGCUGGGCCCACUGGUCAGCCGACUAUAGUGGUCGGCCGGCCUGUGGGGCCACCCACCGUCCUUCCCCUUUAGAGGGAACCUUUAGAGUGAAGGUGCUAGUUUCACCCCCCCCCUACAAAUAUGAGAGGGGGCUCCCGUAGAGAGAGUAAGAGGGAAUGAGAGGAGAGAUGUAGCCAUCCUCACUUCUAAAGCCUUAAGGGUAGAAUUCAGGUGUGGAGUUGUAAUUCAAGGAGUUAGAGUCUUCAUGGAGAGUUGGUAUGUCUUAUAUCUUCUCUUUAUGUAAUGUCAUGACUUUGUUCUAGUUAUCUAUUUCAUGCAACAUGGUAUGUUUGGUUCA